GCUUCUUCCAUUCACAUUAGCUUUCUUAUUUGGUACUGUAAUUUUGGUCUUAAUCUUUCACCAAUUCUUCUUAGUUGAACAUCAUAAGCCUAAAGGCUUACCUAGUGGGAACAUGGGCUUGCCCUUUGUUGGAGAAACAUUUGGCUUUUUUACCCCUCAUAAAUCAUUCUCCAUUGGCAACUUCUUGCAAAAACAUCGAUCUAGAUAUGGACAAGUAUUCAAAUCCUAUCUUUUUGGGUCUCCAACAAUUGUUUCGUGUGACUUAGCACUCAGCAGAUUUGUCCUUCAGAAUGAAGGCAAGUUGUUCCAAAGCAGCUAUCCAAAAUCAGUUAGGGACAUUCUUGAUAAACACUCUUUGAUGCUUGUCACUGAUGCUGACCUUCACAAAAAGUUCCGAAGCAUUGAAAUCGGCCUCAUCAAUAAAUUCAAGUACACACCGGAUUCUCUCAGUAAUAUUGAUAAACUGUGCGUCUCAUUAAUGGAAUCAUGGAGAGGAAAUCAACUUGUUCUCUUCUCAAAAGAAUCUAAACAGUUUAGCUUUAAUCUCAUGUUGAUGAAUUUGUUGGACAUGCAACCGGGAGAGCCACUUGGUUUGCAGUUACUAGAAGAGUUCCUCACCUUCAUGAAAGGCUUUAUCUCCAUUCCAAUUAACCUUCCCUGGACACCCUAUGCCAGGGCCUUGAAGGCUCGUACGAGGAUCUCAUCCACCUUGAAACAAAUACUAAAAGACAGGGAAAAUAGAAAAGAUGUGGAACUAGUACUUAGGCCAGCCAAGAGAGACCCUUUUGAUGAGAUUUUAUUGAAAGAACACUUAAAUGAUGUGGAGAAAGUCUGCAUUAUCCGCGACCUUCUAUUUGCGGGUUAUGAAACAACCUCAGGACUUUUGUCCCUACUUGUCUAUUUUCUUGCCCAAUCACCACGAGCUCUUCAAAAUUUGAAGGAUGAACACCGCGCAUUAAGGAGAAAGAAAAAGGAGGGAGAACCUCUAAACUGGGAAGAUUAUAAGCAAAUGGAAUUCACCAUUAUGGUCAUAAAUGAGACUCUACGUUGUGGCAACUUGGUGAAGUUUGUUUACAGGGAAACUAUCAAGGAUGUAGAAUUCAAAGGAUAUCAUAUUCCAGUGGGCUGGAAGGUACUUCCUAUUUUAUCCGCAGUACAUCUUGACCCAUCGUUGCAUGAAAAUCCAUCCGAGUUUAACCCUUGGAGAUGGACUGAUCCAGCCACAAGAAAGAAGGUGAUUCCAUUCGGAGGUGGAUUGCGGUUGUGUCCCGGGUCGGAGCUUGCUAAAUUAGAAGCAACUUUCUUCCUACACCAUCUUGUCCUCAACUACAGGUGGACAGUGAAAGAAGAUGAUUAUCCAAUGUCGUACCCAUAUAUGGAGUUCCCAAGAGGAUUGCUAAUAGCUUUGGAGGCAGAAACUACCGAAUUUUAG